UUUCUCCUUGGAUGAAUCUUUUUUUCAUCCACUUUGUUUUGUUUGAUUUUUUCAAGACCACCAUUAAUACAUUAAUUAUACUUCGUCUACAAAAUGCGAGGAAAUUAGAGAGGAAAUGAAAAAAUUCAUGGCCUACACGCCUUCACGAACACGACUCAAAUUGUUUUAAAAAAAAGACUAUAGAAGGGGGCUAAUUCGCUUGUUGACAAAAAUAACAAUAGAAAACUCACUUGAGAGAAUCAUUAAGAUGCCUUCUAUUACAGCAACUACCUCCCUCAGGAACUAUGAUGUCUUUCUGAGUUUCAGAGGACCCGACACUCGCCGCAACAUCGUCAGCUUUCUCUACAAAGAACUUGUUCGAAAGAACAUUCGUACCUUCAAAGACGACAAGGAGCUUGAGAGUGGUCGGAUAAUUUCGCUGGAGCUCGCACGCGCCAUCGAACAGUCGAAACUUGCCGUAGUUGUGAUCUCCAAGAACUACGCAGCGUCCACUUGGUGCCUCGACGAACUCGUCAAGAUCAUGGAUUUCGUCAACAAGGGCUCCCUCACCGUGAUUCCAGUCUUCUACAAAGUGGAUCCGUGUCAUGUGAGGAGACAGAUCGGAGAAGUCGCCGUACAGUUUAAGAAGCACGAGGAGAGAGAUCACGAGAAAGUCCUCCCCUGGAGGCAAGCAUUGACCAAUCUGGCGAAUAUCUCUGGCUAUUGUUCAUGUGAAAGGGAAGAUGAAUCGAAGAUGGUCGAGGACAUUGCUGAGAGGAUAUCAAUGUUGAUUCGUACAAUGAAAACAAGAAGCAAUGAGAGUAACCUAGCGUCCACUGAUGGGCACAUGGAAUCUCUUUUAUAUUCAUUACAUCUGAACUUGAAGAAGAGGGUGAGAGUGGUCGGGAUUAGGGAAAGAGGAGGCAAUGGCAGAGAGAGAGCCUUUUUCUGCAGCUUUCGAGUCGGUUUUAUGUAGGGGAACAAAUCUUGCAAUGAAAUGGUUAGGGGAAAGUGUAAAUCGUUUUUUCAUGUAUCACUAAGUUUAGUAUAUGACUAAACUUAGUAAGAUGUGGCUUCGAACUAGGAAUGUUUUAUUCUAUUUUUGGAGUGGGUUUGAUGGUGUAUAGGAGAAUCAUUAUUUUUUUAUUUUUUUGAGUGAAUAAUACACAAAUUUUUUUCAA